AUGGCCGAAGGAGGGGCGGGUAAAGGUGGCGGAGAAGACGAAGCCAAGUCGACGGAGCAAGAAGAGCGAAUUCGGCCCCAGCUUCUGUCAGGAACAGGCCACUGCAAGUGGUUUAAUGUUCGAAUGGGGUUCGGAUUUAUAUCAAUGACCAGCAGCGAGGGGAGCCCCGUAGAUCCCCCUCUGGACGUAUUUGUUCACCAAAGUAAACUGGUGAUGGAGGGCUUCCGCAGCCUGAAGGAGGGCGAGCAGGUGGAGUUCACCUUUAAGAAGUCCUCCAAGGGCCUGGAGUCCCUGUGGGUGACGGCGCUGGGUGGGGGACCGUGUGCGGGCAGCGAAAGGAGACCCAAAGGGAAGGUCCCGCCCCAGAAGAACCGCAAACCAAAAGGAGACCGCUGUUAUAACUGUGGAGGUCUGGACCACCAUGCCAAGGAGUGUGGCCUGCCCCCCCAGCCAAAGAAAUGCCACUACUGCCAGAGCAUCAGGCACAUGGUGGCCCAGUGUCCCCACAAGGUGCUGGCGGCCCCCACAGGCUUUCAGGACCCCCUGCACCCCUCUACCUCGGCCCACCUGUACCCCGCCGACGAGGAGGAGCGCUCGGGCUCGUCCCCACUUGAGGGCCCCUCGCCCUCCCCAGAGGAGCUACCCCAGUCACACCGCGUUGGCCCCCAGAGGGGGAAGAAAUAG